CAGUGAACUUCUACCCACAUUGGGAUACUGACUGCAACAUAGCUGUCCCAGCAGCACGGUGCUAACAUAUCGAAAGCAUGGCUUUCCUCACUCACCAAGUCACACGGGGCUUCUCCUCUUCAGCUGUCAGAAAUGUGAUUAUAAAACAAGUUAUGAUCAUCGGAGGCGGUCAGAUGGGCGCAGGAAUUGCACAGGUCGCUGCUGCAACUGGCCAUUCAGUGACGUUAGUGGACAUGUCAGAAGACAUCCUGAAAAAGGCUGUAAAAGGCAUCGAAGGCAGUUUAAAAAGAGUGGUGAAGAAGAAGUUUGCGGAUAAACCAGAGGCAGGUGCUGAGUUCGUGCAGAAUGUGAUGAAGAAUGUGUCAUCCUCAACAGACGCAGCGUCUAUCGCCCAAAGCUCGGAUCUGGUUCUUGAGGCCAUUGUAGAAAACCUCAAAAUCAAGCAGGAUCUGUUUGCUGGACUAGAUAAAGUUGCCCCAGCACACACAAUCUUUGCCAGCAACACCUCAUCGCUGCCCAUCUCUGACAUCGCCAGCUCCACCAGUAGGUUGGACAGGUUCGGAGGUCUUCACUUCUUCAACCCGGUCCCUAUGAUGAAGCUGGUAGAGGUUAUUGGCACGUCAGCCACUAGCCAGGAUACCUUCGAUUCCCUGCUGAACUUCAGCAAGGCUCUUGGGAAGACACCGGUGUCAUGCAAGGACACUCCUGGGUUUAUUGUGAACCGCCUGCUGGUGCCCUACAUGAUGGAGGCUAUCCGGUUACAUGAGAGAGGCCAUGGAUCUAAAGAGGACAUUGACAUUGCCAUGAAGCUCGGAGCGGGCUACCCCAUGGGACCGUUUGAACUCCUCGAUUACGUAGGUCUGGACACGGCUAAAUUCAUUAUCGACGGUUGGUGUCUGAUGGACCCAAACAACCCCCUGUUCGGCCAGAGCGAGAUGCUGAACAAACUGGUCGCUGAAGGCAAAUAUGGCAAAAAGACUGGAGAGGGUUUCUACAAGUAUAAGUGAUUAACACACGCUCAUAGUGUGGCAUGAAAAAUAAAAGGUUCAGGAAGAUAGAUUGCUGGACUCAUGUUGACGUGAAUGCGCGCUAUAUUUGAUUUCUGCGAUCUGAGAGGAAAGUUGAAAGAGAUCACACAGUGCAAUUAUAAAUGCUAAACACACUACACGUACACAACAAAAAAUCAUUCACCAAGCAACUAUGAAACAUAUCAAGAUUUUUACCUUUUUUUGUGGACUCGAUCACUCGUGUCAAACGACAUAAUUUGUAUUGGCAUUGAAUGUGUUUAGUCUAACUUGAGUAAAUCACACUGUUAUGACAACGAUAUUGAACUGAACCCUCGUGCCUUCAUACAACGCGUCUCCCAGCUGACCUGUGUCCAGGCGGUCAUCUUUCUCUGUAUAUAAAUGUUGUUGGUAAUAAAGGGAGCUUUUCCAUGUGCGUCUAA